AUGAGCACAUCUGUGCGGAAAGUUCUGUGUCUUGCCAUCUUCGAUAGCAAGUCCAGCAUAACAAUCUACUCACCACCUCAUUCUCCAAUUUCUCUUCUUUCGAGCAACUCGCCUCGCAAGCCCUCUAAGGUUUCGAUGGAGAGGCACCACGACAACCCCAGGGUGGGCAAUCCCACCGCCAGUAGCGACACAGACGACAACCAAAGUGUUGGUGAUGUCGUUCCUGAAAUGAACCCCCAGGUGUCCACGUACCGCCUGCCCCGCUUCAGCUCUCGCCGUCUCAGCUCCAGUAGCUCCAUGGGCGACUACGACAGACUACCGCGUACGAAAAGUAUGUUCCCGGAGCCACAGCAACUCACCAGGGACGACCUCACCAGUGCCGACGCACUGAUGGCCGACGGUGUUUUCACCAUGAACACGACUCUCUCCACCGUGAUUGAGAACGCUCUGGGCCACCCGAUCCCCGGUCUCGAAGUUCGAUUCCGCAACCUGGAAUUGUCGGCCGAAGUGCCGAUGAUUAAAGGUGGUGAGCUGGAAGUCCCGACGCUGAUUAACCAGGUGCAACAAGGUAUCAGCAACAUGUGCUGCAGCUCCAACAAACUCACAGUAGAAAAGAAGAUUUUGCGUGGUGUCACCGGCUCCUUUAAGCCGGGCCGCAUCACCCUCGUGUUGGGCCAACCUGGUUCGGGUAAGUCCUCACUUAUGAAGGUGCUCGCCAACCGGUUCCACAUGGACACGAACAUCACUCUGAACGGUGAGAUUGAUUACAAUGGGAAGGACCGCGGCAGUCUACUCAACGAACUGCCUCGCUAUGUCGCGUACGCCAACCAGAUCGAUGAUCACUACCCUCGCUUGACAGUCCAGGAGACUUUCGAGUUCGCGCACCGUUGCUGCGCCGGCACGGGCAUGGAGCCGUGGGCCGUAGAGGCGCUCAAGAACUGCACGUCAGAGCAGCACGACCACGCUGUGGAGGUUCUGAAUGCCCACCACAAGUUCGCAGCCGACGUGACUGUCAAGAAACUCGGUCUGCACAACUGUAAGGACACAGUUGUGGGUAACGCCAUGCUCCGCGGUGUCUCUGGUGGUGAACGCAAGCGUGUGACCACGGGCGAAAUGAUGUUUGGCAUGAAACGUAUGCAGCUACUCGACGAGAUCAGUACGGGUCUUGAUAGCGCUGCUACCUAUGAUAUCUGUAAGUCUAUGAAGAGUGCAGCCCGCAACUUCAACGCUACCGUCGUGAUCUCGCUGCUUCAGCCGUCGCCCGAGGUCUUUGAACUCUUCGACGAUGUGCUGCUGAUGAAUGAAGGCACAAUCAUGUUCCACGGUAAACGCGAAGACGCCGUGCCCUACUUCGAGAACAUGGGCUUUCACUGUCCGCCGCGUAAGGACGUGGCCGACUUCCUGUUGGACUUGGGAACCAACAAACAGGACGCGUACGUCGUCGGAGGAAACGUACCGUACCAGUCCGAAGAAUUCGCUGCUCGUUUCCAGCAGUCGAGCAUCUUCCACAACACGUUGAAGCAACUUGAUGCUCCAGUCCAAGACACCAUGAUGUUCGCCGACUUUACGCCGUUCCGUCAAACGUUCAAUGAAGACCUGGCGACGCUGCUGAAGCGCGAGGUCACGCUUACGCUGCGUGACACGACGUACCUCAUGGGCCGCGCCGUCAUGAUCGUUGUCAUGGGUCUACUCUACGGCUCCACGUUCUGGCAGAUGGACGACUCUAACAGCCAGCUGAUCCUGGGUCUACUGUUUUCCGUGGCCAUGUUCCUGUCCAUGAGUCAGGCGUCGCAAGUGUCGACGUACAUCGACGCGCGUUCGAUUUUCUACAAGCAACGUGGUGCUAACUUCUUCCGGACGAGCGCGUACGUGCUGGCCACGUCCAUCUCACAGAUCCCGUUGAGUAUCCUCGAGACGGUCAUCUUCGGAGCCAUCACGUACUGGUUCGGUGGCUACGUGGACGAUGCGGGUCGCUUCAUCGUGUUCCUGGUCACGCUGUUCCUAUGUCAGAUGUGGUUUACGAGCUUCUUCUUUUUUCUGGCCGCUGCGUCGCCCAAUUUGACGAUCGCUCAACCCAUGAUGAUGGUGGCCGUGCUGUUUUUCAUGCUGUUCGGAGGGUUCUUGAUCUCCAAGGGCGACAUCCCGGACUACCUCAUUUGGAUCUACUGGAUUGACCCGCUCGCGUGGGCCAUCCGCUCGUUGAGUAUCAACCAGUAUCUGGCCGACAAGUUCGACGUGUGUGUGUACAACGGUAUCGACUACUGCGCUCAAUAUGAUCUUACUGCGGGCAAGUACAACCUCGGUGUGUUCGACUUGCAGACCGAGUCCGAGUGGAUCUGGUAUGGCUGGAUCUACUUCAUCGUCGGCUACUUCAUGUUCGUAUUUGGUGCCUAUUUCAUGCUCGAGUUUAAGCGCUACGAAAGUCCAGAGAACGUCGCUGUUUUGGAGCAAGACGAGCAAGCCGCUCGCGACCAAAUGGUCUACAACCAGAUGCCCAAGACCCCCAAGGAACGCCAGAACGUCAUUGAGAUCCACGACGUCGACAGUGUUGACGGCGGAGUCCCCACUAUCAGCGUUCCUGCUCAACCAACUGGCCGCGGUAUCGCUGUGCCUGUAACUCUGGCAUUCCAUGAUCUCUGGUACUCGGUGCCGCUCCCCGGUGGUGCUAAUGAUGAACAAAUUGACCUGCUUAAGGGCGUCUCUGGCUUCGCUCUACCCGGUACGAUGACGGCGCUUAUGGGAUCUUCUGGUGCUGGUAAGACGACGCUGAUGGAUGUCAUUGCUGGUCGCAAAACUGGCGGUAAGAUCCAGGGCAAGAUCCUGCUGAACGGCCACCCGGCCAACGACCUCGCCAUCCGUAGAUGUACCGGAUACUGUGAGCAAAUGGACAUUCACUCCGACUCUGCUACUGUCCGUGAGGCGCUGAUCUUCUCGGCCAUGUUGCGUCAGGAUGCCAGUAUCUCGACCGAGCAGAAGAUGGAAUCUGUACAGGAAUGCAUUGACCUAUUGGAGCUCGGACCUAUCGCCGACAAGAUCAUCCGCGGGUCGUCCACGGAGCAGAUGAAGCGCGUGACGAUCGGAGUGGAGUUGGCAGCCCAGCCCAGUAUCAUCUUCAUGGACGAACCGACGAGUGGCUUGGACGCGCGCUCGGCCAAGUUGAUCAUGAACGGGGUGCGCAAGAUCGCCGACUCGGGCCGCACCAUUGUGUGUACGAUCCACCAGCCCAGCACGGAAGUGUUCAAUCUCUUCGACUCGCUGCUACUGCUCCGUCGUGGUGGUCGUAUGGUGUUCUUUGGCCAACUUGGAGAGGACUCCAAGAAUCUGAUCAACUACUUUGAAUCCUUUCCUGAAGUCAACCCGAUCAGGCCUGGCUACAACCCUGCUACUUGGAUGUUGGAGUGCAUUGGUGCUGGUGUUGGCGGCGGCAAGGCUGCUGCUAAUGCCGAUCCGUCACAGCCAUUGGACUAUGCCGAUCGCUUCGUGGUAAGCGACCAGAAGGCGUUGAUGGAGGAAGAUCUCGACCAGGAAGGCGUGCUGUACCCGUCUCCGCACCUGCCCGAGCUCAAGUUUGAUACCAAGCGUGCGUCGAACUCGGCCACUCAAUUCGAUCUAUUGUGCCGUCGCUUCUUCCGCAUGUAUUGGCGUACUCCUACCUACAACCUCACGCGUUUGAUGAUCAGCAUCGUGCUCGCCUGUGUCUUCGCUAUUAUCUACCAAGGAACCGACUACAACACGUACAGUGGAGCCAACGCCGGCAUCGGUCUGAUCUUCGUGAGUACCGUGUUCUUGGGUAUUAUCAGCUUCAACAGUGUCAUGCCUGUGGCUGCCGACGAACGCACAGCCUUCUACCGUGAGCGUGCAUCGCAGACUUACAACGCGCUGUGGUAUUUCAUUGCCGGUACACUGGUGGAGAUCCCGUACAUCUUCUUCUCGAGCUUACUGUUCAUGGUCAUCUUCUACCCGAGCGUAGGCUUUACUGGUUACAUUACGUUCUUCUACUAUUGGCUCGUGGUCUCCAUGAACGCUUUGGUGUUCGUGUAUCUCGGUCAGUUGCUGGUGUACGCUCUACCUAGUGUGGCUGUCGCGACUACGCUCGGAGCUCUACUCAGCUCCAUCUUCAUGCUGUUUGCCGGCUUCAACCCGCCCACGGGGAGCAUUCCGGAAGGAUACAUGUGGGUCCACUGGGUCUCACCGCCCACCUACAGCAUUGCUAUCUUGGUUGCACUGGUCUUUGGAGAUUGUUCGGGUUCCAAGGUGGGUUGUGAUGCCAUGCAGGAUGCUCCUCCCAAUAUCGGAGACAUGACCCUCAAGCAGUACGUCGAGGACACGUUUGACAUGAAGCACGAUGACAUUUGGAGAAACGCCAUGAUCCUCAUCAUCCUCAUCGUGGUAUUCCGCGUGCUGGCGCUGAUUUCUCUUCGCUACAUUAGCCACCUCAAACGUUAA